AUGGCUAUGCUUAUGAAAUCUAUCUUUUUACAGGUAACGUAAAGAUUAAUUUCACACGUAUGUUUGCGGGAGAUAAUGUAGAUAUUUUAGUGAAAAAGUCGUAAUAUUAACCUAUAAAAUGUCUUCUUCAGCUAUAUACAUCUUGGAUGUGAAGGGCAAAGUCCUCAUCUCAAGAAAUUACCGAGGCGAUGUGGACUUAGGUAUUAUAGAUAAAUUUAUGCCAUUGCUGAUGGAGAAAGAGGAAGAGGGUAUGCUGACACCACUGCUACAGACCAGCGAAUGUACCUUUGCCUACAUCAAGACUAACAAUCUGUACAUAGUAUCAACAACUAAAAAGAAUGCGAAUAUUGCUCUUAUAUUUGUAUUUCUGUACAAAAUUGUUGAAGUUAUGACAGAAUACUUUAAAGAACUGGAGGAAGAAAGUAUUCGCGACAACUUUGUUGUUAUAUAUGAGUUGUUAGAUGAGCUAAUCGACUUUGGCUAUCCUCAAACCACUGAUAGCAAGAUACUACAAGAGUACAUAACCCAAGAAGGUCAUAAGCUGGAAAUGCAGCCUCGAAUACCGAUGGCAGUCACUAAUGCAGUGUCUUGGAGGUCAGAAGGCAUUAAGUACAGAAAGAACGAAGUAUUUUUGGAUGUCAUUGAGUCUGUCAAUCUAUUAGCUAACUGUAAUGGCAAUGUUUUGAGGAGUGAGAUUGUUGGGGCCAUCAAAAUGAGAGUUUAUCUGUCUGGUAUGCCUGAACUGCGUCUUGGGUUAAAUGAUAAGGUGCUGUUUGAAAGCACAGGAAGGGGCAAGUCAAAGUCUGUUGAGCUUGAAGAUGUGAAGUUCCAUCAAUGUGUCAGAUUGUCUCGUUUUGAAAAUGACAGGACAAUUUCUUUUAUUCCUCCUGAUGGCGAGUUUGAGCUGAUGUCAUAUAGAUUGAAUACCCAUGUCAAGCCACUGAUUUGGAUUGAGUCUGUUAUUGAGCGCCAUGCUCAUUCUCGUGUUGAAUACAUGAUUAAAGCUAAAUCACAGUUCAAGAGGCGUUCCACUGCUAACAAUGUUGAGAUUAUCAUACCCGUCCCAGCUGAUGCUGACUCCCCCAAAUUCAAGACAACUAUUGGAAGUGUGAAGUACACUCCUGAACAAAAUGCUAUUACUUGGUCUAUCAAGUCAUUCCCUGGAGGCAAGGAGUACUUAAUGAGGGCUCAUUUUGGUCUACCAUCUGUAGAGUGUGAGGAAGUUGAUGGAAAACCACCAAUCCAAGUCAAAUUUGAAAUUCCAUACUUCACUACAUCUGGUAUCCAAGUAAGAUACUUGAAGAUCAUUGAAAAAAGUGGUUACCAAGCUUUACCUUGGGUUCGGUAUAUCACACAGAAUGGAGACUAUCAAUUAAGAACUAACUAAUCAUUUCAUUUACAUUCCAUAGAUGUAAGAAGCACCAUAUUAUGUUAUUUACAAGUUGUCUAUUUUGCAUUAAUAAUUAUAGGUAUUAAAAAGUAAUUAUGUAGUAUUA